AAUGUAUGUAUGCUCUCAUUUUAUAGAACUUGAAAUUCUUUUUUUAAGGAAGGAGUCAACUUUGGCCUUGAGUAUUUGGCAUGGGUACAAAGGCUUAAAAAUGCAGAUGACCAGCUUAGCUACUGACCAUGCUGACCACUGUCUGGAAUCGGAAAAAAUUAAAAGAAAAACAAUGAAUGGCUCUCUCUUAUAGAAUAUUCGAACGACGCACAAUUCCUGAGCACAUUUUGCAGAGCUCAUUUGACCAUUUAAUCUCUUCUAACUGGUCUGGAUUACAGACAGAAUCGAUACCAGACGAAAUGAAACAGAUUGUUGAGGAACAGGGAAAUAAGCUGCACUGGGCAGCUCUUCUGAUACUCAUGGUGAUAAUACCCACAAUUGGUGGAAACAUCCUCGUUAUUCUGGCUGUUGCACUGGAGAAAAAGUUACAGUAUGCUACCAAUUAUUUCCUAAUGUCCCUGGCAGUGGCUGAUUUGCUGGUUGGAUUAUUUGUGAUGCCGAUUGCCCUCUUGACAAUAAUGUUUGAGGCUAUGUGGCCCCUCCCACUCGUUCUAUGCCCUGCCUGGUUAUUUCUUGACGUUCUUUUUUCUACUGCAUCCAUCAUGCAUCUCUGCGCCAUUUCAGUGGAUCGUUACAUAGCCAUCAAAAAGCCAAUCCAGGCCAAUCAAUAUAACUCACGAGCUACAGCAUUCAUCAAGAUUACAGUGGUGUGGUUAAUUUCAAUAGGCAUUGCCAUUCCAGUCCCUAUUAAAGGUAUAGACACUGAUGUGGGUAACCCAAACAACAUCACUUGUGGGAUGACAAAGGAUCGUUUUGGCAAUUUCAUGCUCUUUGGCUCACUGGCUUCCUUCUUUACACCUCUGGCGAUCAUGAUUGUCACCUACUUUCUCACUAUCCAUGCUUUACAGAAGAAAGCUUACUUGGUCAAAAACAAGCCACCUCAACGCCUAAUGUGGUUGACUGUGUCCACAGUUUUCCAAAGGGAUGAAACACCUUGCUCAACACCAGAAAAAGUGGCAAUGCUGGAUGGUUCUCACAAGGACAAAACCCUGCCUAAUGCAAGUGAUAACAUACUUAUGCGAAGAACGUCCACAGUAGGAAAAAAGUCAGUGCAUACCAUUUCCAAUGAACAGAGAGCCUCAAAGGUUCUAGGGAUUGUGUUUUUCCUCUUUUUGCUUAUGUGGUGCCCCUUUUUUAUUACAAAUAUAACUUUAGCUUUAUGUGAUUCCUGCAACCAGACGACUCUCAAAAUGCUCCUGGAGAUAUUUGUGUGGAUAGGCUAUGUUUCCUCAGGGGUGAAUCCUCUGGUCUACACCCUCUUCAACAAGACAUUUCGGGAUGCAUUUGGCCGGUACAUCACCUGCAAUUACUGGGCCACAAAAUCAGUAAAAACUCUCAGAAAAUGCUCCGGUAAUGUGUACUUCCAGAAUCCAAUGGCAGAGAACUCUAAAUAUUUUAUGAAACAUAGAAUGCGAAAUGGCAUUAAUCCUGCCAUGUACCAGAGUCCAAUGAGGCUCCGAAGUUCAACCAUUCAGUUUUCAUCAAUCAUUUUACUAGAUACACUUCUCACCGAAAAUGAAGGUGACAAAACUGAAGAGCAAAUCAGUUAUGUAUAGAGUAAUGGCACAGUUUUUAUGUAACUAAUACAAUGAUGAGUAAGAUAAAGAAGAUAUAAAUAUACCAAGAA